AAGACCGUAAUUUAAGGUUCUUAUAGGCAUUAAUUAUCGGGUCACACUAGGCAUCGAGCGGAAGAUGUUUUGUUUUGCUUAAUAAAUAAUGGCACUAAAUGAUCCGACCCUGCGGAACCAAGUAAUCGUGCUCCAGGACGGUUAUUCUCGCCAAGAAGACGGAGACGAGUCCACCAUGAGAGCGAACUGCACCUGCACGCUGGUCCGCUGCAGGGAUGGCACCAACGUCAUAGUGGACACAAUGACGGCCUGGGAUGGAGAGCACCUUCGUUCGUUGCUGGGAGAGCACGGCCUGGGUGUCGAGGACAUCCAAGUGGUGGUGUGCUCCCACGGACACUCUGACCACAUCGGGAGCAACUACCUGUUUCAGAAGGCACGAAUGCACCUGGUCGGGGCGUGUGCGUCGCAUCGCGACCUUUACAUGAAUCACUUUGGCAGCGGAGAACAGAAUGAGGAACUGGCGCUGGACUCUAAUGCUGAGGUGAUUGUAAGGCGGUCGCCAGGACACACUCUCAGUUGCGUUUCCGUGAUUGUCGACAACUCCCAGUUGGGGGGACGGGUAGGUAUCACCGGAGAUCUCUUCGAGCGAAGCGAGGAUAUAGACGAUGAGAGCAUUUGGAAGGAUGCUGGAAGCGAGAGUGAGAAGCUCCAGCGGGCGGAGCGCAAUAAAAUGGCGCAUAUUUGCGACUUUAUUGUUCCAGGACAUGGUCCUUUGUUCCCCGUGACCCCAUCAAUGCGUUCAAAGCUAAAAGAAGACGCGUCUAGUGCCUAACCUAAUCCGUUUAAAAUAUAUGUUAAUUUGCAUAAAUCUACUUCCCAAUUAUCAGACAUGGCUAAUCCAAGUUGACAAGAGGCCGCGACCGCGAGUUAGGGGGAGUUAACUGAAUAAAAAAACAAUACAGUUAA